AGUUCCCUGAAAAGGAGCUUAGGGUUCAAGUGUCCCUGUCAAUGCUGGGCUGAGGUCACCAGAGAACCUGUGGCACAUUUAGCCCAGCUGGCGUGCAGCUGCCCAGCAGAGUCCUUGCACUCAUACCUCUGUCUGCCUCUUCUGUUCAAAGUAGGCUCAAGGCGACGCAGGGGGCACGGAGCAGUAUAGGUGGGGCGCUACCUCGGAGGCGGGGACUGAGGAGGCCCCGCCCCCUCCCGCCCCCAGCGCUCUGUGACUCAUGGUGGGCGGGUCCGGGGUCCCUUAACCUCCGAACAGAGAGGCCGGACUUGCGUCCACCUGCCCUAGCCCCGCCCCCGCAGCUGGCCCCCGGAGGUGGGCGGGGUCUGUUCCCCUUUACUGGAGGUGGGCCCCACUAGGGCCGCCCAAUGGCGUGUAAUGGGUGGAGCAGAGCGUGCACCCGUGGGUCCACUAGGCUAAGUCCCGGCCCUGGGACUGGUGCUGGCCAAGAACUUGGCAGUGGGAACCCAAGGACACGAAAUGCUGAGCUCACUCCUGACACCCCAGAGUGGCACCUGGACAGUGUUCUUUCUGCUUUUGGUUCUUGGCGUUGCCCUCUACUUGGGCUACUACUGGGCAUGUGUGCCUCAGAGGCCUCAGCUGGUGUCCGGGCCUCGGUUUCGAGCCUUCCUGGAGCAGCGCUGUCCAAUCACCACAGAGACUUUCUACCCCACACCAUGGUGCACUGAGGGUCGGCUGCAAACUAUUGUUGGCGACUUACUGCGGUCUAAACUUCCAGCCCAUUAUUGGAGUGAAGUCCUCCAAACACCAGAUGGGGGGGAGCUCCUGUUGGACUGGGCCAGCCUACCUGAGGGCAGCCAGGACCCUGACCCCAGCACCCAGCCCAUCGCCUUGUUGCUGCCAGGCCUCACUGGCAGUAGCCAGGAGCCCUACAUCCUACACCUGGUUGACCAGGCUCUCCGAGACGGCUAUAGGGCUGUCGUAUUCAAUAACCGAGGCUGCCGUGGGGAAGAGCUGCUGACCCACAGGGCCUUUUGUGCCAGCAAUACUGAAGACGUGGAGACAGUGGUGAACCACAUAAAGCAGCGCUACUCCCAAGCUCCACUGCUGGCCGUGGGCAUCUCUUUUGGAGGGAUAUUAGUGCUGAACUUCCUGGCCCGAAAGGGGCAGGCAGCUGGGCUGGCAGCGGCACUGACUCUCUCUGCAUGCUGGGACUCCUUUGAGACCACCCACUCCCUGGAGAGCCCACUCAACUCUUUCCUCUUUAACAAGCGUCUCACUGCCGUGCUCUGCCGAUUAGUGGAACGAAAUAGAAAGGUGAUGGAGCAUGCGGUGAACGUAGACUUCGUGCUUGAGGCGCAGACAAUCCGCCAGUUUGAUGAGCGCUACACCGCAUUAGUCUUUGGAUACAAAGACUGUGUGGCCUACUACCAAGCCGCAAGCCCAAGGACCAAGGUCGAUGCCAUCCAGACCCCUGUGCUCUGCCUCAAUGCAGCUGAUGACCCCUUCUCCCCAGCCAAUGCGCUUCCUCUGCAGGCUGCCCGGGACUCUGCCAGUGUGGCCCUCUUCGUCACGGCCCAGGGUGGCCACAUCGGCUUCCUGGAGGGGCUGCUGCCCUGCGGGAGCUGCUACAUGAGCCGCCUGCUCCACCAAUAUGCAGCGGCUGUCUUCCAGCACCCCAAGGAGCUGCUGGGCCUCGGGGCCCCCUCCCCUUCUGAGGGAGGCAAGAGCUGACAGGAGUACCUUUGGGGCAGCUCAGUCCUUCUGUAUUUAUUAAAUAAAAUAGUUCCCUGAAAAGGA